AUGUCAGAUUGGGAUAAAACUAUGGAUUUAUUAUUUGGAUUUGUUACUGGUCAUAUUCAUUCUAGAAUGUUUGAAACAAUAUUAAAAUUUUCAAUUUGUGAUUUAUUAGAAGAUGGACCAAAACAUUAUUCAGAGAUUUCAAAAAUUAUUGGAUUUAAGAAUGAAUCCUAUUGUUAUAGACUAAUGAGAUAUUUUGUACCAUAUAAAUUAUUUAAUGAAAGUGUUGUUCAAGUUGGACUAUUUUCAAAAACACCAUCAAGUACACAAUUUUCAAAGAAUGGAACAUUGAAAAAUUUAGGAAGAUUUCAUUGUCAAGAUCAUCAUUAUAGAAUAUUUGAAAGUUUACCAAAAACUUUAGAAAUGGGUAAAAAUCAAGGACCUUCCUCGAUUGGAUUAUCAAGUUUUUGGGAACACUUUGAAACUGAUGAAUCCUAUAAACAAUUAUUUCACAAUGCUAUGAAAGACUAUACUUCAUUAAUUAUUGAUAGAUUAAUAUCAAAGAUUAGCUUAUCACCAAAUUUUAAAACUGUAGUUGAUAUUGGUGGUAGUCAUGGUUUUUUAAUUGGUAAACUUUUAGAAUCAAAUCCAAAUAUUCAUGGUAUUAAUUUCGAUUUAGAAAAUAUUAUAAAUAGUUCAACAAGUAAAAAUGAGAAUUUUCAACAUCCAAGAUUAAAACAUGUUUCAGGUGAUUUCUUUAAUUCAGUACCAGAAGCUGAUUGUUACAUUUUGAAAUAUAUACUUCAUGAUUGGUCCGAUGAAAAAUGUAUUACCAUUUUAAAUAAUAUUCAUAAAUCUUUAAAACCAAAUGGUAAAUUAUUCAUUAAUGAUUUAGUACUUGAUCCAUCAAAUUAUACAAAAGAAGCUGUUUUUAAAGAUAUUCUAAUGAUGCAAUAUUUUGAUGCUAAAGAAAGAAGUAUUAAUGAAUGGCAUCAAUUAUUUGAAAAAUGUGGUUUUAAAAUUGAUUCAGUUGAUACUUCAAUUUCACCACAAUUAAUGAUUGUUUCAAAAAUCAAUUCUUCAAAUAUUAAUUUAAAUGAUUGUACAAAUUUUAAUUCUGAAAUUGUUGAAGAAAAAUUAAAAAAUUCAUUACCUCAAUUUGUAAAUUGUUAA